AUGGACGAUGGUUUUUUAAACAUAGAGUUGUCGUUGGAUGGUAACGACAAGUCAUGGUUUGUUACUUUAGUGCAUGAAGAGUGUGGUAGUGGAUGGGGAACAUAUCUUGAAGCUGAGUGGUCUGAUUUUGCAGAGGAUAAUGAUGUAAAUGUUGGUGAUGCUUUGAUAUUUACUUAUUUAGGGGAUAGCUCAUUUGAUGUUGAAAUUCGUAGACCCAGAGGAGGUAAGAGAGAUGAGGAAAAUGAAUAUGGUGGAAGUUCUGGUACUUCAAGUAAAAAGCGUGGGAGGAAACCUGCUAUUGUUGAAAGGCUCUCAUCUAAAAUGAUCGAAACUAAUGCUUGCCUUGCCAAGCUUGCAGCUGCUUGUUAUGAACAUCAUUUCUUAUUCACUUUUACCAAAGCUUAUGUUGAUCAAGGAAUUAUAAAUGUUCCAUUCGAUUUUGCUAAACGACAUUUCAUUGAUUUCCCUGAAACUACCAAUGUCAUUCUUCAGCUUGUUGAUACUCGGUUCAAUGUGCAGCUGAAAGUUUUAAAGAAGUAG